CCUCAGUCAGCUUUAAACUCUCUGAAACAUGAUUCAAGAUGUAAGAAAACAUUCAGCUGCUCUGACUGUGGGAAAAGAUGUAUCCAGAUGGGAGAUCUGAAGAGACACAUGAGAACUCAUACAGGAGAAAAACCUUUCAGCUGCUCAGUCUGUAAGAAAUCUUUUGGGAAUAGUUCAAGUGUAAAGGCACACAUGAAAAUCCACACAAGAGAGAUGCCAUUUAGCUGCUCUGAGUGUGGAAAACGAUUUAUUCAAAAAUCAAAUAUGAAGACCCACAUGAGAGCUCAUACAGGAGAAAAACCUUUCAGCUGCUCAGUCUGUAAGAAAUCUUUUAAAUGGAGUAGCCAUUUAAAUUAUCACAUGAAACAACACACAGGAGAGGAACCAUCUACUUCCUGUGUUGGUGACAUCAGGAAGCAGCAGGAGUGUAGCUCCAGUGUGGACCAGGAGCAGCCAGAGAAUCUCAGCCAGCAGGAGUGUAGCUCCAGUGUGGUUCAGGAGGACGAUUCAAGAUCUAAGAAAACAUUCAGCUGCUCUGAGUGUUGGAAAACAUUUGGAACCAAGCAGGAACUGAAGAGACACACGAGAACUCACACAGGAGAGAAACCUUUCAGCUGCUCUGAGUGUUGGAAAACAUUUGGGAGCAAGCAAUAUCUGAAGAUACACAUGACACAUCAUACAGGAGAAAAACCUUUCAGCUGCUCAGUUUGUAAUAAACGAUUUGGCUGCAAGACACACCUGAAGAGACACAUGAUAACUCACACAGGAGAGAAACCUUUCAGCUGCUCAGUUUGUGAUAAACAAUUUGGCCGCAAGACACACCUGAAGACACACAUGAGACGUCAUACAGGAGAAAAACCUUUCAGCUGCUCGGUCUGUAAGAAAUCUUUUACAGACAGUGGAGAUUUACAGAGACACAGAAGAAUCCACACAGGCGAGAAAAAGUUUAGCUGUUCUGAGUGUGGGAGAAGAUUUGGCCGAAAGACACAUCUGAAGAAUCACAUGAUAAGUCACACUGGAGAAACACCUUUCAGCUGCUCAGUCUGUAAGAAAUCUUUUGGGAAUAGGUCAAGUUUAAAGGCACACAUGAGAAUCCACACAGGGGAGAUGCCAUUUAGCUGCUCUGAUUGUGGAAAAAGAUUUAACUACAACUCAUGUCUGAAGAAACACAUGACAGCUCACACAGGAGAAAGACCUUUCAGCUGCUCAGUCUGUAAGAAAUCUUUUAGAUGGAGUAGCCAUGUAAGUCGUCACAUGAAACAACACACAGGAGAGGAACCAUCUACUUCCUGUGUUAGUGGCAUCAGGAAGCAGCAGGAGUGUAGCUCCAGUGUGGACCAGGAGCAACCAGAGAAUCUCAUCCAGGUUGGAGCUCUCUGAACCAUAGAAAUAAAAUGGAUAGAAAGGCCAUUUCAAUUCAAAUCAAAAUAAAUAAAUUGUUUGAAUUUUGUCUAAGGACAAUUAAUGUAGUAUUAGUACAAGCUGAACACAUGGAAACAGAAGCUGAUGGAGAGGACUGUGGAGGACCAGAACCAGCCAGGAACUCGCA